AUGAGGAGGGAGAACCAGAGCAGUGUGUCUGAGUUCCUCCUCCUGGGGCUCCCCGUCCAGCCAGAGGAGCAAGGCAUGUACUACGCCCUGUUCCUGGUCAUGUACCUGACCACGGUGCUGGGGAACCUGCUCAUCAUCCUGCUCAUCAGGCUGGACUCUCGCCUCCACACCCCCAUGUACUUCUUCCUCAGCCACUUGGCCCUCACUGACAUCUGCUUCUCCUCAGUCACAGCUCCAAAGAUGCUCAUGAACAUGCUGAUGCAGACUCAGUCCAUCUCAUAUGCUGGGUGCAUUUCCCAGGCAUACUUUUCCAUAUUGUUUGGAUCUCUUGACAGCUUCCUUCUGACCUCCAUGGCCUAUGACAGGUAUGUGGCCAUCUGUCACCCACUGCAUUAUCCAAGAAUCAUGAGUCAGAACCUCUGUUUUCUGCUAGUGAUUGUGUCCUGGGUCUUGUCCUUUGCCAGUGCCCUUGUGCACACCCUCCUUCUAACCCGGAUGGGAAAACCAAGCCUAGUGAACCAAACUGCUGUUUCAGACUUCCUCCUUUUAGGACUCUCUGAGCGGAUAGAAGAACAACCUCUUCUGUUUGGGCUCUUCCUGGGUAUGUACCUAGUCACCAUGGUGGGAAACCUGCUCAUCAUCCUGGCCAUCAGCGCUGACCCACACCUCCAUACUCCCAUGUACUUCUUUCUGGCCAAUCUGUCAUUAACUGAUGUCUGUUUCACUUCUGCCUCGAUCCCCAAAAUGCUGGCCAACAUUCAUAUGCAGAGUCAGACCAUCUCCUACUCUGGAUGCCUUGCGCAGCUGUAUUUCCUCCUUAUGUUUGGUGGCCUUGAUAACUGCCUCCUGGCCGUGAUGGCAUAUGACCGAUACGUGGCCAUCUGCCAGCCACUCCAUUACAGCACAGCUAUGAGUCCUCGACUCUGUGCACUAAUGCUGGGUGUGUGCUGGGUGCUAACCAACUGUCCUGCUCUGAUGCACACACUGUUGCUGACCCGUGUGGCUUUCUGUGCCCAGACGGCCAUCCCCCACUUCUACUGCGAUCCCAGUGCUCUGCUGAAGCUCGCCUGCUCCGACACCCGCCUCAACGAGCUGAUGAUCAUCUUCCUGGGUCUGAUGUUCCUCACGGUUCCCCUCAUGCUGAUCGUCUUCUCCUAUGCCCGGAUUUCCUGGGCCGUGUUUGGCAUCUCCUCUCCCGAAGGGCGUUGGAAGGCCUUCUCCACCUGUGCUUCUCAUCUCACGGUGGUUCUGCUCUUCUACGGGUCUCUCAUGGGUGUGUACCUACUUCCCCCAUCAACUCACUCUACAGAGAGGGGAAGCAGGGCCGCUGUCCUGUACAUGGUGAUCAUUCCCAUGCUAAACCCAUUCAUCUACAGUUUGAGGAAUAGAGACAUGAAGGAGGCUUUGGGUAAACUCUUUGGCAGCGGGAAAACAUUUUUCUCACCAUGA